GUAGUACACUGACAUUUGACAGAAUAAGCAGAGCUGUUGCUGUUAUGUAGGCAAUGUUUAGGUUAUCUGAUUAAAUGGUUUCGAAAAUAGAGAAAUAUCAAUCAAAAAUCUAAAAUUUUGUAACAUAAUGGCUACAAAAGGAUUACAUUACACACCAUUAGGAACAGAUGGAACGGACCAUGCCUAUAGGCAACGUAUUGCCGCUCAAUAUCAAAUAAGUGCUCUGAAUAAAUCAAGACUAAAAUACUGCAUAUUUUUCCAUUACCUAUUAUUCUUUGCAAUGUUGGGAAAAUUAUCUUCAGAUAUUCUAGACAGGUUAGAUAUAUUUAUUUUAGAAAUUGAAGAACUUAGAAUUCCUCAGCCGUUAUGGUGGGAGUAUGCAUGGUGUGUGAGUUUACUGCUUUCUUUCCUAUGUCUAGCUGCCAUAAAAAAAAAUCGAGUUAAGCCCAUGAACCAGUACAUUGCAGGAUUAGUUGUUUUUGGUUUCAUUCCACUUCUGUAUGCUUUUAUUUAUUACUUCAAAGAUGUCCUUGUUUAUUUGACUGCUAAAGACGAAGAAGCUCUUGAAAAUGUUCAGUUCUGGCAGGAUUAUCCAUAUGGUCUUCUAUGGUAUGCUUUCAUACUAUUAGCUCUACAAGUACAUGUGUUCUCUAUUUAUUUUGCAUGGAAUCUCUUACAAGCUUGGAAAUCGAAGGGACUUAAAAAAACUGACUGAACACACUCUAGACAAUUUCUGGCAACCAUUCACCUCCCAUUUGUCAAAAGCAAUAGAAAAGACAAUGUUGCUCAUUCAUGAUUUCUCAUUCUUUUUGACCCUAGAAGAGAAUUAUAUAUGUAAUUUGUUUUUUGGAUGGAUUGAUUGUUGAACUUUAUUAAACAAUUUAUUUUUAAA